AGCUGUGUCCAAUCACAGCUGAUCAGUGAUCAUCAGGGCCCUGAUGAUCAGUGUAGCCCAGCAGUGCCACCUGUCAGUGUCCAUCAAUGCAAGCUGUCAGUGCCCAUCAAUGCCACCUGCCAGUGCCCAUCAAUGCCACAUUUCAGUGCCUCAUCAAUGCCACAUUUCAGUGCCCAUCAGUGAUGCCUGUCAAUGUCCAUCACUGCCACCUACCAGUGCCUCCUCAUCAGUGCAGCCUCAUUAGCGCACAUCAGUGAAGGAGAAAAAUCACUUAUUUACAAAAUUUUAUAA